ACUCCAGUUGUGUGCCUCCUGCCCCCUCCCCCUCCUCCUACCCCCUUAUAUUCAGAGAAACUUGUGGACCGCUCUGAGGAGGUGUGUGUUCACGUCUUGUCCUGGGGCUGAAAGCUACACUCCUUCUUCAAAAUGGGAUGCUUCGAGUGCUGUAUCAAGUGUCUGGGUGGAGUGCCCUACGCCUCACUGGUGGCCACCAUCCUGUGCUUCUCGGGGGUGGCUCUGUUCUGUGGCUGUGGACACGUGGCUCUGACCGGGACCCUCACCAUGCUGGAGACCCACUUCUCCAGAGUGUCCAGUGACCAUGAGACCCUCGCCCUUGUAAUCCAGAUCUUUCAGUACAUCAUCUACGGCAUCGCGUCCUUCUUCUUCGUCUAUGCCAUCAUCCUGCUGGCCGAGGGCUUCUACACCACCGCCGCCAUCAAGAAGGAACUGCAGAGCGACUUCAAGACCACUGUGUGCGGACGCUGCAUCACCGCCUUUUUCAUGUUCCUGACUUACAUCCUGUUCCUGGUGUUCCUGGCCAUCGUGGGCUUCACAGCGAUCCCAGUCUAUCUGUUUUUCAACAUGUGGACCACCUGCGCCGCCAUGAAGAACCCUGACGCCAACAUCACCAACCCCGACGACAUCUGUGUGGACGUCAGACAAUACGGUUUUAUCCCAAUGAACGCCACACCCGGAAAGGCCUGUGGAGCCACUCUGGGAGAGAUCUGUAACACUAGUGAGUUCUACCUGUCCUACCACCUGUACAUCGUGGCGUUGGCCGGAGCAGGGGCCACAGUCAUCUCUCUGAUCCACUACCUGAUGAUCCUGGCGGCUAACUGGGCAUACCUGAAGAGUGCAGUGUCCACACACGAGUACCAGGACAUCAAGACCAAGGACGACCAGGACAUCGAGGCCGAGGCGCGCUCCAAAGACGGCCAGAACUCCUCCUACUCGUAAAGGAGCGGGCCCUGGCACUGUCCCCCACCUCAUCCCCCCUCACGCCCCCUCACGCCCCCAUAAACAACCCCACAGCGGCCAUGUUUGGCAGGGCCCCCUCGUGACCCUCCGCUCUGCUCCCCUCUGCUCUGACAGGUGAGAGGAGCAUGGAGGGUCAAGACUGGGGCCAGACCAAGCAAAGGUAGGCGCUUCAGAACACCAGAUAUUGUACUGUGGUAUUGCAUGUGUAUCGUAGUACACAUACGCCAUACAAAAGUACAGAGCGGUUCGAUCACAGGAGGAGGGAGCGUUCCGAAGCGUCUCCUCCCCGCGCCCUGAGCCAGCACAGCCUCUGACUCACAGCUUGUAAGAAAAACAUUGUUCACUGUCCGCCCCAGCCACAGGAGGCCAGGCAGUGACCGACAUCCUCUGUUUUUUGGUGUUUUAUAUGCAUAUAUAUAUAAAUAUAUGAAUAUAUUGUGCGAAUGUGUACGAAUGUUGUUGUUUUUUUAAUACUCUGAAACGUAUGCCAGGUUCUGCUCCUUUUUUUUUUCUUCAUCUUUACCUUUUUAUUGAAACGCUUGAUACGUGUUGCACUAUUGACAAAACAUGGAAGACGGACCCCUCUAAUCUAUUCUAGCCCCUUUAGGAUUACUGUGCAUUACCAAUCAGAGCUGUAGCACUUAUCUCAUACAGUGGCAUUUCGGUUACGAUGUUGUAGCCUCAUAUCCAUUGCUAUGACAACCACUAUCAAAUAUUUCCAAGAUGUCAGCAGCAGCGCCUGUAUGUUGUUACACUUACUAACCAACCAAACAAUGGCAGCGAAAGAACCGGUCUUUAACAUCGAGACUCACACCUCAGGUAUCAAUCCAGUUCUUUGUUUUUGUUCACAGAGCUACACCACUGUCACAACUAUAAUAAUACAAGUCUACCUGCCAUUUUCUACUACAGUUUGUGCUCCCUUUGCCAGUAACAUCCCAGUGUAAAUAGCCAAAAUGACCCUCCAAAAUAUAGUUCCCAACAGAGACACAAUCAAUGUUACGCCAUGCUCUAUUCUAUUGUUUCCCGCAGAUUCUAUGUAAAUGUAUCUUUGAGAGUUGUGUGUGAACUCAAAUACUAUUUCUGCAUUCGAUAUAUUAACUGUUACAUCUUCAAUGAGUUGUUGUAUGAGGGAUCAGUGAAGUCAUGCCGAUGGACUGAGGUGCUCGUGACGUAAACGUUUGAAAAUAUUGAGAAAAAAAAACAAGAAUUUGCUUUCAAUGUACGUUCUAGGCAGCUGGGUUCUUCUAGUAGUGAUUCAGUAAUGAUGAUUUAUUAUGGAAAAUAUUCUGUUUUUUGAUGGCUGGCCAAAUGAGUGACUCAUGAACUUUCUGCGUCACCUUUUUUGUUGAUUAUUUUUUCUUUUCUUUGUAUUGUCAUGCCUCUUGUAUGAGCCACAAAGACUGUUUUUGAUGUUUACACUCCGAACAAAAGUCAGGAAUUUUCAUACAUUAAUUUUAUAACCAGAUAUUGUUAGGUACUCAUAAACUAUAUUCUAUAUCACUGGUUAAUUUACGCUCAAGAAUACUAAGAGAACCAAUUUUUAACCUUUGAAAUGAAGCAUGUCAGUAACGUCCACGUGUGUCUACUCUGUAUAAAAAGGACUAUAUUGCCAUGUGUAUUCUGUUUUGAAUUGUGCUUUUGCCGCCAGGUUGAUUCCAUUUCUGAUCGGACGAUGCGUGUUCGGGGUGUUGUUGUUUCCUUGUUAUUUGCAUGAAGGAGACAUGACUGUGUCUUGCAGUUUUUCAGGUGAUGUGUAGUCAAUUGUACUGACAAUUAUGGUAGGCGGUGUUUGCCCCUCCUCCCCUCACUCCUCCUUCACCCAGCCCUUUUCUAAACAAACUCCAUUGUACUUUGAUGGCAUUGUAGUCCCUGUAGGUGUUUCAUUAUGGUUUUCUUUUUUUAAGUUGGAAAUAGUUCUAUGACUCCUAUAUAGUGAUUUUUGUAACCUUCUCUAGUAAAACCGAUAUUUUUUAUU